ACAAGAAGAGCAACUCAGCAAAGAAAAACUGUUGAACUCAGAAAUUCACUGCAACUGAAGAAGAAGAAGAAGACUGCAGCUGGCUUACUGGUAUACCUUCUGAUACAACAGCCACACUGCAACUACAGUCUACAGAGUCAAGAUCAUCAUGAAUACUGCAAUGACUGUUAUUGUUCUUCUGGUCUGCUCAGACGUCAUCUGCAUGAUACAAGGGAGAGGCAUACAAUAUCCUCGGUGCCGCUGUCCUAAAGUACAUGCAGGGGGGGUGAAUAUCAGUUUAAUCAGGACACUGACCUAUUACCCUCCUCGCUCACACUGCUCUAAGGAAGAAGUCAUUGUCACACUAAAAACCGAAGGUUUGCUCUGUCUCGACCCAAAUGGGAACUUUGCCAAAACACUGAUUGAAAGGCAAACCAAAGCAAAUCAACAGCGUCAGAAACAACACUCCAUUGAGACUCUCUCCCCACAUACCACCACUAGCACUUGA